AUGUUUUAUGCAGUCCCACUAAAUGCCCUGCUUCUCGCAAUAACCUGGCAACAUUCUCUUGUCAAUAGCACCCCCAUGUGUUCUCUUGAGACCUCAUUGCCUCAACUCCAAGCACGGCAAAUCAGUGAAGUGGACAUAAUCAAUGAGCAAACGUUGUGUGGAAUACAUGAUGAGUUUUCAAAAUCCAGUAAACGUUUGAUUCUUCUGGACAACGAUGGUACACUGAAGCCCCGAGAUUGGAGCAAUUCACCCACGCACCACGCAAGAGUCCACAAGGCCUUACGGCGCCUUACUGAUGACUUAAAAAAUGAAGUUUGGAUUAUAACGGCUGCAAAACUUCCGGUUCUCGAGGAGCUUUACGGCGACAUUUCAAAGCUCAAUCUGGCGGGCCACAAGGGCGCACAAAUCAGUACAACUACGCGCUCACAAAAAAACCUAGGACCUCCGGCGGCAAAAAGGAUUGAUUUGCUUGCAGAAGAGGCUCGGGCAAUCUAUUCCGAGUUCGCAUCCCAGCUGGACAUACUUCUUGCGUCAAAAUUCAAGGAUUAUGAAGGAAUAUAUGACUAUAGAUCUAGUGACAAGUCAAAGUUGACACUCAGAUACAAAGCAUUCUAUAGCAAGGGCGUGUUAGCUAAAGCACGGCUUGAAGGAAUAGACUCCACUUCUGACUUUGGAAUUUCCAUCGGAGAUCUCGAAAUGGAUGAAGCCAUGCAUGUGGAGAUGAAGAAGAAAGGAUUUCCAUCGAUAAUCGUGCAGGAUACGGCUCAACAAGAUAUAAAAUCAAAUGAAAAACAUGGUAGCACUAGCAAUUGA